CUGCAUUGCAUCUGUGCUUUCGUCUCAGCUGAGAGACGUGCCUGCUAGCUUCUUGUCACAAGCUGCAGCCUUGCCGUGGCCGUCCGUCCCCCGCGCGCUAGCUUGCGGGACUCUAGCCGGCCGGCCGCUGCGCGCUCGCCGCUCCCGCGAUCGGCCGGAUGGCCGUCUGGCCGCCACGCGCUUGCCGCCGGCUGCCGAGUUCACGCGCUCGUCGCUCCCGUGGCUGGCCGGCUCCUGGCAGCCGUCCGCUCCUCCAGAUUUCCGCCCGGCGACGGUAGGGUUUCACCUUGCUCGCGCGAAUUGGGGAUCUGAGGCGGAGGAGAGACGGGGAAGUUGAGAAGAAGAGAUAUUUUAUUUACACGUGGGACCCACCUUAUCUUCACAUAGGCUACAAACAUUGUGAGAUUUGCUAUAACUGAUGCCUCCUGCUGUGGGACCCACUCUUAUGGGCUGCUUCAUACAUAUACAUUGCUCAUGCCCUUAUAUAUUUGCUUCCUACAUUUCUCUCCUCCGAACUUCUGCACAUGAGAAGAAACAAUGGGUAGGUUCAUUCACUAUUCUAAGUGGCAGGAAGUAAAGACUGUCAACAAUUAUGCUUUGUUUAUAGGAUACAUGUCGAUGGCCGUCAGGGUGAUGGGCUAUCUUGUGGUUUUAUGGACAACCGUUAUCCUCCUUGGCGGUUUUGUAUCAGCGCUAGAGAAGAAGGAUUUUUGGUGUUUCACAAUAAUUACCCUCGUCCAGACAAUCGGGGUCUCCACUGUAUUUCCGAGAGAAAAUCUGAAGAAAAUUGUGUUGUCGUACAUCCUGGGCUUUGUAUCGACUACAUAUACCUUUUACGUACCCAAAAACAGCAAGGAUGACAAGAAUAUUAGAGCUGAAAAUAUGAAGGAUGAAGAUGGUGAUGGUGGGCGCAGGACCAGCAAGGAAAAACCCAAGCAUUGGCCACGGUGGCUGCGUAGAUUGGCGGCAUUUGUCGCUUAUCUGGUACAGCAGCUGGUGUUCGCCGUCGUAGCGGGGCCUCUCGCGCUUGCCGUAGCGGUGCUGUACGCUUGCGGGCUGGUCAUCACCACCGGCCUCGCCGCUUGGCGCCUGCUGCAUCGCGACUACGGCGACGGCAGCAACAACCUGCGGCCGGCGCUGGACGUGCUCUACACCAUGGUACUCCUCCAGGGCGUGCUCUCCUACUACCGCUUCUCCUCGGACUUCUGGCAAUCAAGGCUGACAAACAACGUGGCCAAGGCGUACAACUUCCACCACUGGCGUCAUUUUUAUGCAUUCGUAUCGUUGCGUAGGUACAUCCAUGAAACGAGGAUCGGGUGCGAGAAGGACCCGUCCUUCGCCAAACGAAGGAAUUUGGUUAAGUAUGCCGUGGACACCAUGAUUGAGUCUGAAUUUCCAAACUGCUGGAGCUUCGUCUGCGGGGCAAGCAUCCUCGGUGCGCUUCUUGAGAACCCCAAGCUGGAAGAGCAACACAGCCUCAUCAAGGAGCACCUGGCCUGGUCGCCCUCCGGCGCCGGCGACUUGCUCCAGAAGCUGGUUCAGUCGUUGGAUCCCGCGAGGGGAUACCAUUACAUAACAAGCAUCUCCGCGGCGCGGAUCCUUGCACACCUCGCCGGUGAUCUCCGCCGCGAGCAGCUCAAUUUCCCGCAAGGCAUCCACUCGAUUGCCUCGCUGGUGGAGCCCCCCGGCGAUGAGAAGGGUGACGAGUACAACGCCUUGGAACACUUCCAAGAGCUGAUGGUGGAGGGCCUUCGUCUCCUUGCGAAACUCGUCUCCGACGAGGAAUGGUGCCGUGUCAUUGCUGAGAAGGAAGGCCUGCUCGCCAAGAUCAUGGUGCCACUACGUUCUGACAUGCACCACACUAAGUACCACUCCGUUUGUAGUGAUUCGGAGAGGCCGAUCUGCAGAGAAAUGAUCGGCGCGUCCAUCCAAGUGAUGCGCCAAUCUGGUGACUACUCCUGGCGCCACCGGCGAGAUGGUACGCUGUGAAAUCUCAGGCAACACGGACGCAAUGACCAGCCUGGAGAGUAUUGUCCACUGCGACCGAUGCGAUGAUUGCCUGCUCAUGGAAGGAGCACUGGAGAUCUACAGCCGACUGCGGCGUGGGGACGACGCACCUUCGACCAUAGCAACAAUGAGAGAGCAUUUCAUCAAGAGACUGGUGCUCAUCUUCACUCAACAUACCACUGCUGAAGAUGACAGAGUCGAUUUGCUGGCUGGUGAAAUGCUUGCGAAGCUAUGUUCCCAUGGCAAAGAAAACACCACCAAAAUCCUGCGAGCAAAACAAGAUGUGAUCGGUGAUCUCACCGGCAUGCUUGAAGACAAAAUCACCAAGUGCGGUAUAAUCGCAGCGCAAAUUCUGGAGCAUUUGUGUAUUCAUCACUCUGACGAUGAUGAAUGUGCCCAGAACCUCAAAGAACGUAUAAAGUUUGGGAUGCUAAAGGUGCUUGCAAAACCGCGUGACGAAUAUGUGAAUAGAGAAACUCUCACAGCAGUUUUAUCUCUAAGUGUGACGAUAUCACGCAACUUAAUGAAUGCCCGAGAUUUACCUCCUCUGUUCGAUGCUAUUACCAGUGAAGCCGGCGGCUUCAGCAUUCUAGGUAAGGUCCAGCUCCAGAAGAUGAUCGAGAGAUCAAGUUGUUUAAAUACGGCCAACGAACUGAAAACAGUGAAGCUUGUCGCGGAUUUAUUAAUACUAACUGUUAAACAUGGAAGCCGCGACGCCAUACGGGACGCAAAGGAAUUGAUUGAAUCACUGUCCGAGGUUGCGAAAGAAAUAUCGGAUACUGAGAACUUCAUGGUUAUCGCUGGCGGUAGCGACCCAAAGACCCUUGAUUCUUUCGUGAAAGAAGCAGAGGACCAACUCCUGCGCAGAGUCGGCAGAGAGGAUACACCUGAAAUGGCAGUGGUAAUUCAACAUCCUAGCUCUGUCAACGGAGCCCAGGCAGAGUAAAUCAUAUGCAUCAUUUAUUCGAAAAUAAAAUCAUGUUCAGCCUGUACUUUGUUAAUCUGUACUCUAACAAUCGUUGCAAAAGGAAUUUUAGUAUCCUUGAAGAGGUACCAUUGGAUGCCAUCUAUUUUGAGGUA